AUGCGAAAGGUAGAUGGAAAGCUCACUCCGCUGGGGACCAUUGCAGUGACCUUCGCUGCGACAGCGCUGCCGCAGCACAUACAGAUGUUCAGAUACCCGGUCCACAUAUACAUCCCUCCACUACUACAUUGUUACAAAUGCCUGAAGUUUAAUCACUCUGCGAAAGUCUGCCGAGGUUCUCAAAUGUGUUCUUCGUGCUCCGGACAACACUCCUACAAAGAAUGCGACGUCGAAAAAAUUGUGUGCAUCAACUGUCAAGGUGGUCACUUGGCCAUCUCUAGGGACUGUCCAGUGAAGCAACAAAAGAUGGAAGAGAAGAAGAAUAAGUAUUUAAAACCAAACCGAUCAUAUGCCGCUGUGGUGAGUAUCCCAGCAAUGCCCGACCCGAGAGCAUUCCCAAACCUUAAACCUGUAAAGACUGUUGAUACUGACAUAAAUAAAGUACCAUAUAAUGCUGAGCAAAUACUAAACAACGAGUUAAUUGUUAAUGCGCUAGUCAAAUCAUUAGUUAUGCUUGGCAAUGACAAGAGCAGCGCUCUGAUUACAAAUAAAAGAAUUAAAGAUAUACUUUUAAGUAAUUUAAUACCAUAA